AUGGGUAGAAUCAAGACCAUCGAGUACUUUCGCGUCAAGCCCCGAUGGCUGUUUGUCAAAGUGACGGAUGAAGAGGGCCACUAUGGCUGGGGAGAGAGCACUCUCGAAGGUCACACUGAAGCGGUGGAAGGCACCCUGGCCGAACUAAGCGAGAGGUUCCAGGGAUAUGAAGCUGAUGAUAUCGAACACAUCUGGCAAUCUGCCUGGCGCCUCGGUUUCUAUCGUGGCGGGCCCGUCUUCAUGUCUGCCAUCUCGGGGAUCGACAUCGCCCUCUGGGAUCUGAAGGGCCGUCGGCUAGGGGUCCCAAUCUACCAGCUCCUCGGGGGCAAGGUUCGCAACAAGCUCUCUGUCUACGCCUGGAUCGGCGGAGACCGGCCGUCAGACGUCGAAUCUGCCGGCAAGACUCGACUCGCGCAGGGAUUCAAGGCCGUCAAGAUGAACGCGACGGAAGACGUCAACUGGCUGGACUCGCCCAGCGUGCUGGAGUCCAGCAUCCAGCGGCUGCAGACAGUCAAGGCGAUCGGGCUCGACGCAGCCUUGGAUUUCCACGGCAGACUGCACAAGCCGAUGGCCAAGCAACUGGCCAAAGCCCUCGAGCCUUACCGUCCGCUGUUCAUCGAGGAGCCUCUCCUCUCUGAGCAUCCCGAAGGGAUCAAGCAGCUGUCUAACCUGAUCUCGUGUCCCAUUGCCCUCGGGGAGCGGCUCUUCAACCGGUGGGAUGUCAAGCGGUUUCUGACAGAUGCCAGCGUGGACAUCCUGCAGCCGGACGUCAGUCACUGCGGUGGCAUCUCCGAACUCCGCCGCAUCGCGGCGAUGGCUGAGACGUUCGACGUUGCCAUCGCGCCACAUUGUCCGCUGGGCCCUAUCGCCCUGGCUGCCUGCAUGCAGGUCGAUCUCUCGACCCCCAACUUCGUCAUUCAGGAGAUGGGCCUGGGCAUCCACUACAACGUGGAAAGCGGCGGAGCGUAUGACAUCACUAGCUACAUCAAAGACCCCAGUGUCUUUGCCGUAAAAGACGGCUACGUUGAUGCCCUGACGGGUCCGGGCCUGGGCAUCGAAGUCGACGAGGAGAUGGUGAGGCAGGUUGCGAAGGACACGGAGCCGUGGCGAUCGGGUGAAUUCUACGGCCGUGACGGCGCGAUCAGAGAAUGCUAG